AUGUAUUUAACAGCACUCUUCCUAAAGAACGACGAGGUGGAGAUCAUAAACAAAAAAAAAUUGAAAAGAAACGCCAAAGUGUCAGAAGCUAAAGAUAACAUUGAAAAUAAAAAUUUAUCUAAUGUUAGUGAAGAUUUUUGCUCAGAUGAUAGCGUGAAGGAUCCUGAUUAUGUAGAUAUCGAUACAUCCUGUUCUACAAAGAGGUCUCUUUUGAGAAAUGAACGCCAAGUUUUUAAAAAUUUGAUGAGUGGAAUAGAUUUGAAUGAAAAACAAUAUGACAAUUUCAGUAACGAUGAUUCCACCAAAUCCAAACAAGUUCACUAA